AUGGAGAAGAAACAUCACUUUAGAAACAUCUUCAAGAAGGACGGGGACUCUGAAUCCAAGUCCAGGGAGUCCAGGUCUAGGUCAGCUUCCCACAGCCACUUGCCCAAAAUCUUUCAUAGAGACCACCACCAUGACAAACAGGAAUCUACCGACCAGCUGGACGCAGAGUCCAUGUCCACGUCAAUGUCGAAACUGUCACUGGUAUUGCUGCUCAAGAGAAAUGACACCAAUGCUGGCAUGCUGGCGCCUGUUCCAGCGGGUCGUAUGCCUGUGAGAAGAGCAGAGACUCUCAACCAUUUCGGACCCAAGCGUGGGCCGCUGCCGACCACCAAACCCACGGGUUUAGGUCAUCAUGAGAAAAUCAAGUACAAUCCAUAUGGAAUCAACAAGCUGUUGCUGAACCAGGCCACCCACCUGGCACUGUACAUCUCUAACUUCCCCAUCUUCAAGAAUAAUGAAGACUACACCAAGGGACCAGGAUCUGAGUUCAAGUGGGCUGCGCAAUUCCACUCCCCUGGUGCUGCAAGAGUGGCCUGGAAACUCUGUGACCCAUCACUCACCCUUCGUUAUACUUUGGAAGACUUGUUCAAGGACCCCUGGUUCACCACUUUAGAGAUGUGUGUUUAUGAACACCUGGACCAACACGUUGAUCCUUUCAUGUUUUCUCACCACUCAAGCCAUUCUGGAGCCCCGUCACAUCAAAGUUCUCGCGCAGCUUCCCGCAAGAACACUAUUACUUCGUAUCCACCAGAAGAGCCUGAGGCACCAGAUAUUCAUACUCCCGUGCGGAGCAUGCUAGAUAUGGCGGGUGUUGGAGCUGCACCAGCAACACCUACCAUCGACAGCGAUAAUGUAUCCAUCAAGUCAAACUCGCUGCUUACGCAUACUCCUUUGCGUCUUGCACACGAAGAUAAGCCUUUCCGCCUGCAGCGGACCAACAGUGAGGUAUCUAUGAAUCUGAACUCAUCGGGAUCGUCUGUGCCCAAAGUUCGGUCGAUGCUUGAUGUUGGAGCCUCUCCAGAUCGUGCUGCAUUGCCUCGUGUGGCGGAGGAUGAAGUAGCGAACACAUCUUCCUCGCAGUUGCCUAUUGUGGAGGAAGAUGACAUUCAUGGAGAACAAUGCAACUUGGGUGAAGAACCGGAGUUGCAGGUGCAACAAGAAGCUAUUCCUCCAGAAGUUAAUCUUGAUUCUUCUAUUCCAACGCCGUCGCAGACACCAGCACUAGAGGGCCACGCCAGUUUCCUCUACCAGGAGCCAUUGCAUGACACAGACGAUCUUAAAAUCGAUUCUUCUGGAUACUGUGAGUUGGGCUACAAGCUCAAGAAGCACCACCAUCUAGAUGUGAGCACGGUGCUGAUAUCCGGAUCUAAGUCCCGUCGUUAA